GAACAAAACUCCACCAAACACUGGUGCGCCAACGUGGCAAUAAAGUAAUCCGCAGUUCAAAUCUGCCUAUUACUUCAUUGCAGUGCACGGAAUCUUUCCCUGCACUACCGACAGGGAAUAAAUUCCCUCUCUAUAUAUGAAAAAAAUUGCCCUAAGCGCAUUCAUCAUUCAUCCUCCCCUCAUUUUCCUAAAGAGCAGCUCACUCAACACAUAGGCACUUCAUUCAUUCCCUCACUGCCAAGGAUAAAAGAUGUAAUUUCAAAAAGAACAAGACAAUUUGACGGAUUUUAUUAUUUAUUCUUAUGGAGUUAACAGGGACUACAACAGUAAUGAAGACGAAUGAACUGCCAUCCUUUAAAUUUUACUGGAAUGGUACAAUAAUAACCACACCGGGUGGAGUUGCGUACGUCUCCGGCAAAUCAGAAAUAAUUAAGGUGAGGAGUAUGAUAAAUUACGGACAUUUGGAAAUGUUAAUUAGAAGGGUAAUUAGACUGAAUGAUGGUGAUGAGAUAGUGAAAAUUUACCUACGAAUGCCACGAUUCGAUGAAAGGGGCCAAUUUGUUAAAUACGAUGCGUUUCCUAUAGAGACAGAUGCUCACAUGCCAAUAAUGUUUCGUAAUGCUUCGUCGACGUCGCAAAUGAGGUUACUUGAGUUUUACAUAGUAUACAACCCGCUCGCUCAAGUAUGUGUAGAUGUUAGGGAUACUAACCUAGGUGAUUUAGACAAUUGUGAUGAUAGUGGUGAGGAAGAGGUAGAAAAUCACUUCUGCGGGGCCGUUAAUGAUGAUGACAACGACAUGUUCGGGGAAUGGGACGACUCUUUUGGCGAGAUUUGCAAUUUUAUGUCGAAUAUGACCGCCACUAAUCCUGGGACAGUGUGGCAUGCUACUGGUUCCCCCAUAGUACGGAGCAAGGAAGAUGAUCCCGAAAUUAGAAUGUUCAAGCGGAUGUUUUGGACUUACGAGCCACUGGUGGCGGGUUUUCGUUAUUGCAAGCCUGUCGUGUACAUCGACGGCACUCACUUAUAUGGAAAAUACGAAAUGACGUUGUUGAUAGCUUCUGCGAUUGAUGGGAAUAAUCACAUCAUGCCGAUAGCUUUUGCCCUUGUGAGGUCAGAAACUGGCCCAUCCUGGAAGUAUUUCAUGAGGAUGUUAAAGAAAUAUGUUUUGCGUCAGCGAAAGGUGUGUAUUAUAUCUGAUCAGUCUGCCGGCAUUAUGACUACCAUGGACGGACCUGACUGGACCAGUUACACCCACAAGAUCUGCAUUCAGCACCUAAUGAGCAACUUCCACACCUCCUUUAAAAAAAAACAUCUAAAGAUACUUGUUGAAAAAGCUGGACGCGCUUACCAAGUGAAGAAGAGAGAGCGGUACAUGAGAUUGAUGCAAGCAGCUUCUCCUCAGGGCUAUGCGUAUCUUAACGCCCUUGACCCGGGAAACUGGAGCAUGAGCGGCGACACGACUGGAAGCCGGCACGGUGUGAUGACAAUAAACUACGCCGAGUCAAUAAAUGCAAUGUUAAAGAACAUCCACCGGCUCCCUGUCACCGCUAUGCUGGAAGCAAUUUUUAACAAGCUCGGCUCCAUGUUCACUAGGCAUUGGACAUCAUAUAAAGAGUAUUUAGCUUGCGAUUAUGAGUGGACUCCACUUUGUGCACAUAUAAUGAAACAUGGGGAAGAGAAGUCAAAGACUCAUAAAGCUGCUUUGUACAAUCCAGACCAAAAGAUAUACGAUGUCAAGACGUGGCGCGACUUUGAUAGAAAAAAGGGUGGUCAUAGACAGCAAGUCUAUCUGUUGGACGGGACAUGCACUUGUGGAAAAUUUCAGCAGUGGAAGAUUCCGUGCUCCCAUGCAAUAGCUGCCUGCACCCAAUAUGGAGAGAACCCCCGUCAGUACAUUGCUUGGUUUUACAGAUGCGAAUAUGCAAUCCUAGCGUGGAGCGCCGCUUCCUUUCAACCCUUGCGUGAUCGUGAUCAUUGGAUCGAUUCCACCGAAAUUCCAUUUGUUCCUAACAGCAAGUGGAUGAGAAAGAAAGGUGGGGCGGUUGAAAGUAAGCAGCGGAAUGAAAUGGACCACAUUUAGAGACGGUUCGAAUACCAACUGUUGUAGAAAAUGUCUUACAUAUGCCCAUAACUGUAGGUCAUGUCCUAUGAAUAGGGAAUGAUGUGAGGAUUGCAGUGAUUUAAAUUUUUAAGUUUGGCAAAAUUAUUUAAUCUUUCA